GAAGAGAGUAGAACAGCCGAGCAGAUCUACAAUGGGUCGACUGAUCGUCUUGUCGCUUGUUCUGCUCCUUCUGUGCCUCCUUCCCCCGCGGGGUGAUGCUACUCCCUAUGAGCCCACCUGGGAGUCCUUGGAUUCCAGGCCGCUUCCCACGUGGUUUGAUGAAGACAAGUUUGGGAUAUUUAUCCACUGGGGUUUAUUCUCUGUACCCAGCUUCGGCAGCGAGUGGUUUUGGUGGUAUUGGAAGAAACAAAAGAAAGAAGCUUACAUAAAAUUUAUGGAGAUGAACUACCCUCCUGGAUUCAGUUAUGAAGAUUUUGGGCCCUUGUUUACAGCAGAGUUUUUUGAUGCUGACCAAUGGGCAGACCUUUUGAAAUCUUCAGGUGCAAAAUACAUAGUCUUGACUUCGAAACACCAUGAAGGUUUUACCUUAUGGGGAUCUAAAUAUUCUUGGUCUUGGAAUGCUGUUGAUGUUGGACCAAAGCGGGACAUUGUGGCCGAGUUGGCAUCGUCCAUUAGAAACAGGACCAGGUUACGCUUUGGGUUGUACCACUCACUAUUUGAAUGGUUCAAUCCUCUAUUUCUCAGUGAUGCCUCCAAUUUAUUCACAACCAAACAAUUUCCAAAUGCCAAGUCGCUCCCAGAGCUGUAUGAGAUUGUGAAUCAGUACCACCCAGAGGUUCUGUGGUCAGAUGGAGAUGGGGAUGCCCCAGACACUUAUUGGAACAGCACUGGAUUCCUAGCUUGGCUUUAUAAUGAGAGCCCAGUUCGGGAUACAGUUGUAACAAAUGAUCGCUGGGGAGCUGGCAGUAUCUGUAAACAUGGAGGAUAUUACACUUGUUCAGAUCGCUACAACCCAGGACAUCUUUUGCCUCAUAAGUGGGAAAACUGCAUGACAAUUGACAAAAAGUCAUGGGGAUACAGGAGGAAUGCACAGUUGAGUGAUUACCUCACAAUUCAAGAACUUGUAAAGCAACUUGUAGAAACUGUGUCCUGUGGAGGAAAUCUCUUGAUGAACAUUGGACCUACCCAUGAUGGUCGCAUUCCUGUUAUUUUUGAAGAGCGCCUGACACAAAUGGGGAAAUGGCUGUCAGUGAAUGGGGAAGCCAUUUUCAGUACGAAACCUUGGAGAGCUCAGAAUGAUAGUGUUACACCAGAAGUAUGGUACACUUUCAAACCAAAAGAAAAUGUCUUGUAUGCCAUUUUCCUUAACUGGCCAUCUUCUGGAUUUCUUCUUCUUGGUGAACCAAAAGGUAUUGCUGAAAGGACAGAGGUAAAAAUGAUUGGAUAUGGAGAACCACUGAAAUGGACUUCUUUAGGAGAAAAGGGAAUGGUAGUGGUUAUACCUCAAUUACCCUUUAGCAAAUUGCCCUGCGAAUGGGGUUGGACACUGCAGCUGACCAAAGUAAAUUAGUGGCAAAUAUCCCUUACCUUUGAAUUGCCAUUACAGUACUUUAACGAUCAGAUCUCGGUCAACACAGUUAUUUUUGGAAGGGAUGUGGGUAUCCACACACUGAUUCUGUUUUCUAUUUUGUUUCUCACCAUGUGAAAUGGGGCCCUAUCAACAGGGCACCAUGUCAAAAAAAGAUGUUUAUAAAAUUUGAAGUGAUUUCAGAAGUUCAUAAAAGGUGAGAAAUUCAAAACGUCACAUUUUCUGCUUCAAAAAGUGUUAACCUACCAGGCCAAAGUCUACUGUAAACCAUAGAGAGGUUAAGGGAAUCCUUGACAGAGAUAAUCUGAAGUACAGCCCCUCUAUCCUUUUAAGCUUGUCGUUUAUUAUACUGACUCCGAACAAUAGCUUUUUUUUUAAAGCAGCAAGCCUUUAUCCAGCUAAAGAUAACCACAACUGUACCUUUACACGAAAGAGACAUUCUCACUAGUUGCUUCACUGAGACUGGAGGACAAACUAGAUGUGAUGAUGUCCACAGGUCUGACUGGUGGACACCACUGCUAUGUUAAAGAAGUUUAAAAAUGUCACAAGGGCUUGAUCCUGAUCCAGGUCUGCAUCCCAGUGGUAUGAGGUGCUCUUGUAUUGAAACAGCUGCUGGGUGGUGUGGGGGACACACACCAAGACCCCCCCAGCCCACCAUGCUGCAGGCCCUUACUGGCCGUGGCUGUCACGUUUAGUCUCGCCCUGAGUCAUGAUGAAUUUUAGAAAGGCUGCUGCACAGCAGGGCUAGGAUCCUAAUCUCGACUGACUGCACAUGGUCUACAGCUGUACAUUAAUGCUUUUGUAAUGGGCAGUUAACGAUUAGGAUUGUUAAGGUGCUGCUGUCUCGGGGAUGUUUAUUGAUUUUUAAAUAACCUGAUAAUCUUAUCUAAAUGUUGGUGAUACACUUACAUCUACCUGGAACACUUUUCCACAGCUGUUUUAUCUAUAAACAACUACAGGGUAGUUUUGUGAUAAGUCAGUGCUGGCAUCCAGCAAGGCUUGCCUUUCGCUCUGUAUUCG